CAUCGCGUCUCCUUCCUUAUACCACCGACCAUAUUGACGACACAACACUCCCGCCAAUAACCUUGCGAUGAAGAAGUUCAUCCCUCCACUCCUCACCCGGCGCGCUACGGCUUCAGUCGAUGAGCCACCCGCGAAAAAAGCAAAGAUCGGGUCGUCGGACGACAGCCCGCAAUCAAGCUCAUCUACGCCCACGGCAACCAGGCCGGGCAUCAGGUUGACCUCCACGACUGCAAAGCGCAGGCCAUUGCUCUCGGUCAAGAACCCUGUCGCCGCCAAACCGGCUUCAGCUUCCACAUCGAGCACGGUCGCUACGCAGGGAACCGCCGGUGGUGGUACGGAGGACUAUUACAAUGUGCUCUGGCGCAAAAAGACAAACAAGAAACACAAGACCUUCGAUGGCGACGGUGUCCUCUCGGUAGUGGGCGGCUACGCGACGCUGCAAGACUCGAGUGGCAAAGAUCUCGGGAAAACGCUACUCAAUAGAAAACUCGAGCUCGGAGACAUUGUGUCGUUGGGUGGGAAAGAGGUGGAGAUAGACUCGCUGCUCUCGAAAGCAGACUACCUUGCCGGAAGGCCUUUCCUUCGGGCUAGCAAGACUUCUACGGAAACCGAGUUUGUUCCUUCGACGAUACCGUCCGCGAUCAAGGGUUUCAAGGCACCAUUGCUACAUACCACUGUCAUGCCAAAGAAGGCGAACUCGAAGGUUCCCACACCAAGACAUGACCCGGCGGCCGAGAAUGCGUUGAUAAUGCCGAGGCCAAAUGCGAAGUCCAUUCCGGCCGGGAAGAAAAUGGUGGACGUGGUAGUCGAUCCGUAUCUUUCGCAGUAUUUGCGGCCACAUCAGCGUGAGGGCGUUGAGUUUCUCUACCAGUGCAUCAUGGGAAUGAAACCGUUCGAAGGCCGUGGAGCCAUACUGGCCGACGAGAUGGGAUUAGGAAAAACUUUGCAGACAAUUGCGCUACUGUGGACCUUGAUGAAGCAAAAUCCCGUUUACGGAGACAGUCCCGUCGUAAAAAAGGCGCUGAUCGUCUGCCCAGUCACUUUGAUCAACAAUUGGCGCAAGGAGUUCAAGAAAUGGCUAGGAAAUGAGCGGAUAGGAGUGCUUGUGGUGGACUCCAAGACUAAUCUGCGGGAUUUCAUUGCGGGAAAGACGUAUUCCGUUCUGGUGAUCGGAUAUGAAAAGUUACAAAAAGUCCACACUGAGCUCAAGAAGGCUAAUAUCGACAUUGUGAUUGCUGAUGAGGGACACCGUCUCAAGACGGAGAAAAACAAGGCAGCGCAAGCCAUCAGAGCCUUGAAUACACCGAGAAGAAUCAUACUCAGUGGCACACCGUUGCAAAACGAUCUCCAUGAGUUUUUCAUUAUGGUUGAUUUCGUCAAUUCAGGUCUACUGGAAAGCUACGCCACGUUCCGCAAGGAGUUCGAGAAUCCGAUCGUAAAGAGUCGCCAACCAGGUGCCUCUAAGAAAGAUGUCGAAAAAGGUAAAGCCCGUAGCGACGAGCUGGCCAGAAUCACCGCAAUGUUUGUUCUCCGUAGAACGGCAGAGAUCCUUUCCAAGUAUCUGCCUCCCAAAAAGGAAUUUGUCAUCUACUGCCGGCCGACAUCCCGCCAACUGGAGGUAUAUCGCAACAUUCUUAAGUCGUCUGCCUUCAACAAAUGUCUCGGUAGUGCAGACAAGUCACUAUUGUUGAUCACGGUACUCAAGAAACUCUGCAAUACACCAGGGCUCCUGGUGUCCGGAGAGAAAGAACAGAGCGAAAACGUGAAGGCCCUACUUGCUGAAGUGGAUCCGAGGCUCCUCGCAUCUAGAAACGCAUCGUCAAGUGGGAAGCUUCGAGUCCUAAACCGCCUCCUCGUCACGCUCAAAAACCACACCGAGGAAAAAAUCGUCAUCGUUUCCAAUUACACCAGCACCUUGGACGUCCUCCAAAACCUCCUCAUCUCCCGCGGCCUCUCCUGGCUCCGUCUGGACGGUGGCACACCCAACGAGAAGCGCCAGCAACUAGUCGAUAAAUUCAACAAUACAAACAGCAGCACAUCCUUCGCUUUCCUCCUCUCUGCCAAAAGCGGCGGCGCAGGAAUUAACCUAAUCGGCGCCUCCCGCCUGGUCCUCUUCGACCUUGACUGGAACCCCGCCACAGACGCGCAAGCAAUGGCGCGAAUCCACCGCGACGGCCAAAAACACCCAGUAUUCAUCUACCGCCUCCUAACUACCGGCUGCUUCGACGAAAAAAUCUUCCAGCGCCAAAUCACCAAGCAAGGCCUAGCCGAGUCCGUCAUGGACAACAAAUCCGGCGCGUCAGCGUUCACCCAGGCGGAGCUUAGAGACCUGUUCUCGCUUAACGAAACGACGGAAUGCCAAACCCACGACCUCCUUGGCUGCGCCUGCGGCGGAAAGGGCUACACUACUGACCCCAUCGUCCCCGCGCUUACCGACAGCGACAGCGACGACGAACUCCUCUCACUGCCAGGGUUGAUGAAGGCCUCCGCCGCGAGCGAGGACAUCAUCUCUGGCCGCUCCGUAAAGCAGGCCGUGGAGAAGGAGGCGCUGGGUGCAUUGAUGGAGUAUGAUCACGUUGCGACCAAACUGCUGGAACCCCCGGAAUCGAGCGAUGAUUGGACGCGAGAGCUGGAUGAGGACGUGGAUUCCAUGCCAUAUAGGGAUAUUAGUGUGGAGGAUGAGGUGCUCAUGCGUGUCCUGUGUGAGAAGGCGAAGAUGGAGGAGGUUAGUUUUGUUUUCCAGAAGUGCUUUUAACGGACCAUAAACACAGUGGUGCGUGUUUACGCUGCUAUAGAUGGUAUCUCGAUAUGUGUUAUGUGUUAUGUACUGUAUAUAGAUGGGAAUCUGGGGGGGAUAAGAGGAUAAACUGCUUAGAAGCAUUAGAUGGUUACAUUUUUUUGUUUGUUUAAUCAUUGAUUGCGUGUUAUGUAGAUAGACCAUGGCAAUAUAUUCACACUCCGCCUCGCCCCCACGCUUCUUCGUCAGGAGAUGCCAUGAAAGAGGGAG